UUCGGUUCUCGGAUUUUCGUCCCGAGCCCUUUGGCCUUUCAUGUUCUGGGUUCAAUUCUCGAUCUUCGACCAUAGAUCAUCCAAGUUGUUGACAGUUUGUUGAGGGUUUAAUUCGGAGUUGCAUUUGGGGUGUGAGGAGGCGAGAUGGAUUGUGCAGUCCAGGAUUAGGGGACUUGCGCUUAGUUCUUCUACAUCCAGGUCGUGAACAGUUGAAGCAUGAUGUAGAUUGUGCGUUGGCUGGGUGGAGAUUGGCAAGGUGGUGGUGGUGGUAGUGGUAGUUGAACGGGAGUACUUAUUUUACCUUUUGUUUUUAUCGAGGGAAAUUGAAAGAAAAAGUUUCAUUCUGUGGAGAUUGGGCUCUUGCGAUGUUGGUUGAACAGAACAUUUGGCGAAACGUGAGGUAGUGAGUCUGCUUCUGCAACCAGAGUUGUGCGGAGAGAGAAUCGUAUUUGACAUCUCUGGAGCACAAUCGCACCGCAUCCUUAUUAUUGUGAUGCAGUGCAAGAGGAUUUUUGGAUUGAUGGAGAGUUGAGGGUGCCAAUGAGAGGAAGGUUGCAAUUUGUUCCUUUAUGAGGUGGAUUGCUUCGGAGAGAUUUGGAUCGUGUAAUCGUAGCGAUUGGCUAGGGUGCAUCUGUUGUGCAGAAUUUCGUACAUGAUCAUUUCUGUAUUUGAGAUGGUUGUGUCAAUUGAGAGUUUCGUAUGCACUCAUUUGGUGAUCAUAGAUAAUCCUCCUUCAAUUGAUUGCGUCCGAAACAGUGGGAUGAUGCCGUAGAAUAAUAUUGAUUGGAUUUUAUUUUGUCAUUUGUUAGUUUGACUGAAGGCAAUCGUGAAUGCAAUACACUUGUUAGCUUCCGCUUGGAUCAUUAGGGCCGUCCUUUGUCGAAUACGAGCUUCUUCUCUCGAAAAUUGAGCUUCAAUUUGAUCCCAAUUUGCAGCCAUGUUCGGGUACGAGUCAUUUCUAAGAAGCGGAACAAUUACGAGCUUCCGGUGACAGUAACUUACGCAGGAAGAGAAUGAUCAGUCCCUCCCACGAGUAGGAUGCGGUGCGCAGCGGGUGUUGUGUUUCGAAGUCAAACAUCCGGAGUGCAAUUGUUUUGGGUUUUGUUGAAUUGGAAGGUUAAUUGGUGCGUUGUACUGCCAGCACGACAGCGAGUUUUGUGUCAUUAUGUGAGGUGAUUCUACUGCAGAUAAGUAUUAAAUUGAAAGUAGAGCGAUAUACGUGGUGGUGAAGAAACUAAUCCUUCUUUAGCGAAAGCGGAGGCGUUGGAAUCCCGACGCUAGCACACGCAAUAUAUUAGUGGGAAGUUAUGGCGGUUCAAGAUGGGGGAGGAGAGGACCCCGGAGAGGAAACUAAAGCGAGUUAUUUAGCAAAAUGUGUGCUGAAAAGUAGCGUGGUUUUGCACGCUGUUUAUGGACACAUUCGGUGUCCUUCCACAUUCGACGUUGUACUUGGCAAGGAAACAUCUUUGGAGCUUGUGGUUGUUAGCGAGGAUGGUAUUGUUCAGUCAGUUUGCGAGCAGCCAUUAUUCGGGACCAUCAAAGAUCUCCGAGUUCUGCCCUGGAAUGAAUCUCGUCGAAGUCCAUUGCCACAGACGUACGAGAAAGACUUGCUGGUGCUUUUAUCAGAUUCUGGGAAGCUCUCCUUUUUAACCUUCAACGUUGAUCUUCACAGUGGUUUUGGCAGAUUUUUGGCUGUUGUACACAUCCAUAUUGCAGAGUGUGGGAAUCUGCGGCGAGAAUUGGGAAGACUCCUUGCAAUUGAAUCCAGGGGUCGUGCAGUGGCUGUGGCUGCUUUUGAAGAUAGAAUUGCAAUCUUUCCAACCUCCAUAGCCGCAGGAAAUAAUAUUGUUGACAAGAGAAUGAUAUAUCCAAGAGAGUUGCUGAGUUCGACAGGAUUAACUGAAGCAAGCACUAGUGGAGUUGAAGAGAAAUUCACAGGCUGGGGAACGAUCUGGAGUAUGACAUUCGUUGGCAUGCCAGUGGACCACUUAACACCAAUAGUCAAGUCUGACUCACUGCUUCUUCUUGCAGUGCUUGUUCACAGAAAAGGUGCUGCUAGCAAUGAAAUUGUCAUUCUUAAGUGUGAUACAAAAGAGCGCAUCAUUCAGGUCACGGCCCGUUACGACUCUUCUGUAAUAAGACCCUUCAUUUCACCGUUGUGGAUUAGUGUCCUAGAUGUCCCGGCAGCUCCAGGAUUCCUUCUACUUUCGCUGCCAGGGGAAUUACUGCUGCUUGACUUAAGACGUCCCAGUAGUCAUUUACUAGCCGGCGUCUGUAGUUUCCAGAUAAGCUUGGAUGAAGAGGAAGGUAGCCUGAACAGCGUAGCAGCAUCUGCACUGCUUGAGCUUUUAUCAAGAGGUCAAGAUGACUCUAGUACAAAGAGUCCAGCUUCCAGUAGUAAUGGUGAACCCACAGAAGUUAUGGAUUUGAAUUGGGACCCAUCGUCAUUACCAACUAUCACGGCGUGGAGCUGGGAACCUUACGCUGAGGGUCAAUCGAGACUUGCACUGGCUAUGGAUACUGGGGAGAUUCACUUGGCACGGUUGAUUUUCGAAAGUCCCGAUGAUGUACCUCGAAUCGAAGUCCAGCAGCGGCAGUAUAAAUGUUCUCCAUGCAAUGUAGUACUUUGGACAAAGGGAGGUUUACUUGCCGUAUUUGUCGAGAUGGGGGAUGGGCAGGUUCUUCAAUGUAGUGAUAAUGGUAAAUUGAUCUUCAAGAGCCUUAUUCAGAACGUGGCUCCUAUUCUUGAUUUUUCAUUAGCUGACUACCAUAAUGAGAAACAAGAUCAAAUGUUUGCGUGCUCUGGGGCGGGAAACGAGGGUUCAUUACGAGUGAUACGAAAUGGCAUCAGUGUUGAAAAGCUUUACACGACGUCCCCAAUUUAUCAGGGUGUGACAGGUACAUAUACCAUGCGGAUGUGCUGCAGAGAUCCAUACCAUGCCUUUUUUGUGAUGUCUUUUGUUCAGGAAACUAGAGUCCUUUCAGUUGGGCUCAACUUUGUAGACAUCACAGAAGCUGUAGGGUUUCAGCCUUGCGCAUCUACACUUGCGUGUGGAACAAUUGAGGAUUACCAUGUGGUACAAGUCUGCAGCAAAGAAGUCAUUGUGUGCGUACCCACCAAAACUGCCCAUCCAGCGGGCAUAGAUUCACCUCUUCCUUUCUGUUCAUCAUGGAAACCUCCACAGGGUCUUGUUGUGAGUCUGGGAGCAGUAGCUAGUAAGGCCAUUGUGUUAGCCUUAUCUAAACCAGGGCUGAUUGUGAUGCUGGGUUCUCAGCGUGGUGCUAAUGGGGCUCUGGAACUCUGUAUGACACAACAAUGCGAAUUAAAAGCAGAACUGUCUUGUAUAUCAAUUCCUGACGAAGAAGAUUGGACCUCAUCGCCUCUGCCCCCGUCUAUUGUUGGACUGGUUGAAGGCACUCCUAAAAGUAGGAACCCAUCAGGGGUAGAGGUGGGGAGGAUCUGCGUCGUAGGGACGCAUGAGCCAUCAGUGGAGGUUCUUUCUAUAGUUCCUGGUGAGGGCUUGGCUCCUCUGGCUGUGGGUCACAUUUCUCUUGUAAGCUGUGUAGGGACAACACUUAGUGGAUGUGUUCCUGAAAGUGUUAGGCUUGCACAGUUUGAUAGACUCUACAUUCUUGCUGGGUUAAGGAAUGGAAUGCUUUUGCGCUAUGAGUGGCCAGCUAGCUCUACUGCUACGCUUCCAGAUUGCACGAAUCUGCUGUCAACCUCAGAUUGGGAAAACAUCGGGAUCACACAACCGAAUUUGGGUGGUGACAAGGACGUGUUGGAAGAUUCAUCACCAGUCUUACUACAUCUGGUCGCUGUACGGAGAAUGGGUGUUUCUCCUGUUUCUUUAAUCUCUUUGCAGGCUUCACUGAGUGCUGAUGUCAUUGCUCUCAGUGAUAGGCCAUGGUUACUGCAAACGGCAAGACAUAGCCAACGCAUUGCACACACCUCCAUUUCUUUUCCAUCAUCUUCACAUGCCGCGCCUGUAAACUCAGUUGACUGUCCUAAUGGUAUACUUUUCGUGGCGGACUGCAGUUUACACUUGGUGGAAAUGGAGCAUUUAAAGCGCCUCAACGUACAAAAAUUGCCCCUGGGCCGAACUCCACGUAGGGUUCUGUAUCACACAGAGUCGAAGACGUUGAUCGUGAUGCGAACAGACUAUGGACCUGAUGGCGGCUUGGUUUCUGAUGUAUGCUGUGUUGAUCCACUCAGUGGUGCCAAUUACUCUUGCUACACUCUCGAUGCUGGAGAGGUGGCCCGCUCAAUCCAGUUAUGGAAGCGCAGACAGGAACAGCUCUUGCUGGUUGGAACCAGUCUCAUUGGUGGCGGCGGUAUUAUGUCGAGUGGUGAAGCAGAGAGCGCAAAAGGCCGACUGUUGGUAUUUCAGCUGCUGUCGAAGCACGUAGGAACACAUUCACAGCCUGUAAUGAGUUCUACAAAUACUCCAACCUUAUCCAACCAAUCAACUCCUGGUUCAUCGGCAGCGGAUCCUAUGGUGCUUUCGGAAUCUGAUGAGAGUGAUUUAACCGAUGGCGAAGGGUGGGAGCUGCGGCUUAAAACUCAUAUUAUUCUGCCCGGUGCUGUCCUAUCUGUGAGCUCAUACUUAGGGCAGUAUGUACUUGCAUCCGCUGGCAAUUGUCUAUUUUGUCUAGGAUUUCGACCUGAUUCACCACAGCGAUUACGGAGAAUGGCCAUGGUUAAGACACGUUUUAUGAUAACAAGUCUUUCGGUUCAUCUCUCAAGGAUUGCAGUUGGUGAUUGUCGGGAUGGAAUUCUAUUUUAUACAUAUCAAGAGGUCUCCGGGCAGCUGGAGCUAUUGUACUGCGGUGGCAUCCAACAACUUGUUGCAGAUUGCGUUCUCAUGGAUACCGACACUGCUGUGGUUACAGACCGUCGUGGGAACUUCUGCACCUUUUCCAGUGCCAGCACUCCUGAAGAAAGCGUGAGUCCAGAGCGCAACCUAUCUUUGGGUUGCUGGUACCACAUAGGCGAAACUUUGAUGAGGAUUCACAAGGCCUCUUUUGCAUAUGAAAGCCCUGCAGAGGAGAGUAUGAAGAACUGUGGUAGCAAUGAUGCUAUCGCCCAUCCUACUCAUUCGUCUGUAGUUGCCAGUUCACUUCUUGGAAGUGUGUUCAUAUUUAUCAAAGUCACAAGGGAGGAAUACGAUCUGUUGAAAGCUGUGCAAUCUCGGCUUGCACAUUAUCCCAUUACUACUCCACUUCUUGGGAACAACCAUGAGGAUUAUCGCGGCCAAGGAUGCCCUGCGGGAGUCUGCCAAGUUCUUGAUGGCGACAUGCUGUGUCAGUUUCUAGAAUUAACAAGCGCACAACAGGAGAAUGUAUUAACCGAACCUCAGGGCGUUGUCUCUCUUAGUGUUCCAAACCCAGGUUCCUCUUUUUUAGAACGAAGCCUUGCUGUCGAUCGUGUGUUGCGCCUGCUUGAGCGUGUGCACAACUCACUUUCCUGAGCUGCAAGUACCUCUUGGAAAGAGAAAAGUGGCAAGAUUUGACCUAAAUUGUAAGGAAUCAACGUUAUUGGUGCGCUCAGCAUGUAGGCAAAAUGUGGGUUUGUAAACCCCAUCAAAGUUUUUUUUUUUCAUAAAAUGUAAAUGCCCCCGGCUUGCUCUAGUUAGAGUUGUAUAAAUUUGCGAAAUACAGGGUGUGGGAGGCUUCUAGGCAAAGUUAGGCCACGCCUUCAGAACUUGCUUUGCUGACCUUUUCUUCUCAUCCAUGGAGUUAGCAGUGACCAUCUAGAAGCAGACGUUACAAUUUGUUGGCUCUAUACCCACACCGUUAGAGACUAUCCGUUUUCUCCGGAUUUGUGUUCACCUGCUUAAACCCUUGUUUACACAAGUUGUAAUGUUAAGAAGAGGUUUCUUUGCAUUAGGUUCUAAAA